CCUCCGCGAGCGAGCGUGCGUGCAGUGCGCGCGCGCCUGAUUGAGAGGAGAGGGAGAAGAGACCAGGAGGAGUGGAGAACAGAACGGAGAACAUUCAUGCACACAGCUUUAAAUUGCCUUUCAGCAUAGACACGCGGAAUGCAAACGGCGAUGCUGGAUAUGAAAAGGGACAGAAAUGCCCUUACCGGUCGUUUCAGCAAUAAUAAUAUAGCACGCGCCCUUUAUAAAAGUAACUGAUAUCGCUUAAAAACAGGGAAAGGGAACGCGGGACAGAGCAGCGGCGAACUAUGCACUGAUGAUGAUUUCUGCCAGAAAAACUCCGGAGAAGAGUCGCUACCACCUACAUUAUCUGGUGUGGCAUAACAAACACCGGCAGCUGGAGAAAGAGCUCUCAGCGCGCGAGCAGGUUGAUUUAGAAGUGUUGGACCCACGGGGUCGGACUCCUUUGCACUUGGCCGUGACACUGGCUCAUUUAGAGUGCGCCAGUCUGUUAGUCCAGCAUGGAGCCGAUGUCAGCAGAGAAAACAGAAAUGGCUGGACAGUGUUGCAGGAGGCCAUCAGCACACGUAACCCAGAGAUGGUGCGGUUGGUGCUGCGUUACCGCGACCAUCAGCGCAACACUAAGAGACUGGCAGGGAUCCCAUGCCUGCUAGAGAGACUCCGACAGGCGCAGGACUUCUACGUGGAGAUGAAAUGGGAGUUUACGAGUUGGGUUCCGCUCGUGUCUCGUAUCUGUCCGAGUGACACAUAUCGGGUAUGGAAGAGCGGUCAGUGUUUGAGGGUGGACACAACGCUCAUGGGCUUUGAGCAAAUGACCUGGCAAAGAGGCAAUCGCAGCUUCAUAUUCAAGGGUCAAGACUCCAGCGCUAUGGUAAUGGAAGUGGAUCAUGACAGACAGCUGGUGUUUUGUGAGACGCUGCCGUGCCUCUCUUCCUCUCCCACCUCGCCCUCCAACAGGCCUUGCACAACUGCUUCGAACCUUCUGGGGGCGCUGCAACCCAGCGAAGAACAGGUGGCGGCCCGUCUAUCCACUCCCGUGGUGGCCACGCAGCUAGAUACAAGGAACAUCUCCUUUGAGAGGAAUAAAACGGGCAUUCUUGGCUGGCGUAGUGAGAAAACGGAGAUGGUGAAUGGGUACGAAUCAAAGGUUUACUGUGCUUCUAAUGUUGAGCUUAUCACACGAACACGUACUGACCAUCUCACCGAGCAGCACAAAACAAAACCCAAAGGCGGCAAGACUCCUCUCCAAUCCUUCCUGGGUAUCGCUGAACAGCACGUAGGGCCUAACAACGGACACACUAUGGUGACUCAGAUAUCAUGCCCUGCAACGAACCCUUUGGCCGUGACGGCUGAGGAGUACUUUAAUCCCAACAUGAGUCAGAGAGACAUCGGCCAGCCCUGUCACCUCACCACCAAAACACAAAGGUUCAAAGCCAAGAUGUGGUUGUGUGAAUCACACCCUUUAUCUCUGUCGGAGCAGGUAGCUCCUAUCAUCGACCUCAUGGCCAUCUCCAACACACUGUUCGCCAAGCUUAGGGACUUCAUCAACUUACGCCUGCCUCCUGGCUUUCCUGUCAAGAUAGAAAUUCCUAUCUACCACAUCCUGAAUGCUCGGAUCACCUUUGGGAACCUGAAUGGUUGCGAAGAGGGUGGUUUGCCCCGAGUGGAUGCUGAAGGGGACGGACAGAAGGACUAUCAUACAAACAGCACAUUUCACUGAAAGAGAAAAAGGUAGAAGACCACUCCUCUCCAUGCUCCGGGCAGGGUGGCCCCUCUUAUCAACAGGAUCAGCAACACUAG